CGCCAGCUGGGCCGGCACGGCGGGGGCGCCUGCACCGAGGGCUGCGAAGGAGCGGUUGCUGGACCCCGCCCGGCCGAGGCGCGGGGGCCGCACGGGGUGCGGAGGGGCCCACGUCUCCGUGGAGAUGGCGCGGCACGUGCCGUGACGGUGCCCGCGCCCCGAGGGUCCCGGCCUUGCGCCCCGCGUCCCCGGGCGAGCAUGGAGCGCCCCGAGCCCGAGCUGAUCCGGCAGAGCUGGCGGGUGGUGAGCCGCAGCCCGCUGGAGCACGGCACCGUCCUGUUCGCCAGACUGUUUGACCUGGAGCCCGACCUGCUGCCCCUCUUCCAGUACAACUGCCGCCAGUUCUCCAGCCCAGAGGACUGCCUCUCCUCCCCCGAGUUCCUGGACCACAUCAGGAAGGUGAUGCUUGUGAUUGACGCUGCCGUGACCAACGUGGAGGACCUGUCCUCGCUGGAGGAGUACCUUGCCGGCCUGGGCAGGAAGCACCGUGCGGUGGGCGUGAAGCUCAGCUCCUUCUCGACGGUGGGUGAGUCCCUGCUCUACAUGCUGGAGAAGUGCCUGGGCUCCGCCUUCACACCAGCCGUGCGGGCCGCCUGGAGCCGGCUCUAUGGGGCCGUGGUACAGGCCAUGAGUCGAGGCUGGGAUGGCGAGUAAGAGGCGGCCCCUGCCCAGCGGCCUCCACCUGGCGGCCCCCGUCUGACCGUCUGCCUGUUUAUCCAUGUCUGCAGUAGCCCAGGCUCCCCUAGGCCUCCCUGCAUCUUGGUCCUUGUCCCCUUGGCCAUCCUGGAGGGGUGAUGGAGCAAGGCUGGAUCU